AAGAUGAUGGAGCUGCUGACGGGAGAGGUUCCUAUAAGGUGUCAGGACGUCGCUGUCUAUUUCUCCAUGGAGGAGUGGGAGUAUUUAGAAGGACACAAGGAUCUCUACAAGGACGUCAUGAUGGACAAUCAUCCGCCCCUCACAUCACCAGAUGGAUCCAGGAAUGGGAACCCACCAGAGACAUCUCCCCGUCCUCUGUAUUCCCGGGAUUCCACACAGAUCAAUAUUAAAGAAGAGAUAAAAGAGGAGGAUGGGGUGAUGGAGAACGUACACAAAGAUCUGUACCAGGACACCAUGGUGGAGUCAUCCAGCUUCCAAAACCCCCCAGAGAGAUGUCCCCGUCCUCUGUAUUCCCGGGAUUCCACACAGGAAGAUCAGGAGAUCCCUCAACAUUACAAGGGUGAAGAUCUGAGCGAGAGAGGAGUUGAGGGUGAAGCUGAAGAAGACGAGAAGUAUGUGAGGGAUGAUCAGCAGUCUAUGGAGGAGGAUGGAAUAACGGGGACAUUUAUAGAGGAGGACACUCCUACAGAGAUGAGCACAGUCCAUGGCCGGGAGACGAGGAAAACCUCUGAGGAUUGUCUCACUUUGUCUCCAGACUGUAGAGUAGAAGAUGAGGACAUCACACAGUCCAGUCCAGGAGAAAACCCGGCUCCCUCCAAUGUCCGU